AUGGGCGGGGCCAAACAGGCGAAGGCGGCUCAUGGUUUGUGCAUGAUGCAGAGUCCAGUGGCUGUGCGGUUGGCUAGGCCCCACUUCCCUGUGGACACCAGAUACAUCUAUCGCUUUGCCACCAACACCAGCACUGGCCUGCAGGGAGCCCCCAUGGAAGGUAGUGGCCUUGGCCUCCAGGGCUUGGUGAUCCUGGGUGUGCUUGGCCCGUGCCAGGUGGUCUUACAGUUCCAGGACCUUCAGGUGUUGUCCAUCGUGGGGUCUAAAGUGCAGCUCCUGGAGGAGUCAGAGAGUUUGGGUGCUGCCCUGGGCCAAUUCCCACUCUGAUUUGUGCUGCGUGCUGGGCGUGUGGCCCACCUGUGUCCACACCCGAGACAACCACGCUGGGUGCUGAAUGUGAAGCUGCUGAGUGUCCUGCAGGGCUUGCCAGGUGCCCCGAGCUCCAAGACCCUCGAGGAGGUGGACAUCCUGGGCUGGUGUCCCACCACAUACCAGCCCCACGGGGACUGGCUCCUGAAGACCAAGGACUUGGCUCAGUGCUACCUGCACAGGAUACGCUCCUCCCUGGCCUCCCAGGCUGUGCCAGGAGUGCCUGGCCUGGGCUCCCGCCUCAGUUGCCUACAGAGGUUCCAGGCAGGGUCCUGCAAGGAGCUACAUCCGGUGAUGCCGCUGGUUGAGAAGGCAGGCACAGUGCGCAUGCGCACCCUGUCCUCGCUGGCUCUGCUGCGCCAGGAACCUCUGGAUCCGGCCACUGUUGCCAAUCCAGAUGACAGAGAUGAUGGCCAUACAGCCCAGAGCAGCCUGCUGUAUGAGUGGGAGGAGACACCAGGCCAUGCCACGGUGGCCACAGUGACUGCGCUGGUGACGGAGCUGUGCCUGGCUCCAGUCGUGACCUUUGAGGCCUCGGAGCAUUUCCUGAUGCUGGUGUGGGCGCUGCGGGGCCUGGCUGUGCCCCAGCUGGUGGAUCUCUGGCACAGCACUUCCUCGCACCGCCCAGGUCACUGGCAGCCGCUGGUGGACGCCCUGCCCUCCUGUGGUAGUGAGCCAUGCCUGCACCUCCUGAAGGAGCUCAUGGCUCGGGAGGUGGAGGCAGAGCAGGUGGAGACGUGGCUGUGGUCACUGGCCUUCAUCCCACAGCCCACAGAUGCCAUGGCCCACCUGCUGCUGCCACUGCUCCAGGCCCCGGGGGUGGGCCCCAGCACCUUCCUUGGCAUCUCCGCUCUGGUACACAACCUCUGUGCUGCCCUAGACGGGCCCUGUGAACUGCUGCCAGGUGUUAGCUCUCUCGUGCGGAUCCUGAGAGAGGCCUUGGCGGAGAACUGUACCUUUUCAGGACCUUCGGACACCAGCCAGCUGCAGCUUGUGCUGAAGGCAGUUGGUAAUGCUGGCCUGGCAGCGGCAGCCCUCACUCCCACCCUGAGUGCCUGUGUGUCCCUGCCCAGUGUCGUCCCUGAGCUCCGGCUGGUGGCCAUCCAGGCCUUCUGGAGGGUCCCCUGCUCUGCAGGCCGGUCGGCGCUCUCCCGCCUGUAUCAAGCCCCUGAGGAGGAGGCCGAAGUUCGCAUCCAGGCCUACCUGGCUCUGAUGAGGUGCCCUGGCGCAGAGGUGUUUGCCCUGGUGCAGUGCACACAGGCUGCUGAGCAGUCCACCCAGGUGGGUUCCUUCGUGUGGAGCCACCUCAUGCAGCUGCUGGAGACGGGCGACCCCCUGAAGCAGGCCCUGCGUGAUGCGCUGCCCAAGGACAUGGUCAGCCGGGAGUUCUGCCCAGACACCUGGAAGCACUCCUCCUACUCAGACAUCACCUUCAGCUCGGCGUCGGGCAGCCUGGGAGCUAACCUGGGGAGGAGUCUUCUGUUCUCCCCCGCGUCCUUCCUGCCCUGUUCCGCCACGACCAAUCUGACCCUCCACACCUUGGGCCGAGCCUUCAACCUCUUGGAGCUGGGGCUCCGGCUGGAAAAUGCAGAGGACGUUAUCCGUGGGCUGUUUGGCCAGAAGUCACACUGGGGGAAGCAAGAAGAGAGAGAGGCCCAGGCGGAGGGUCUGCCAGAGCCAGGCAGGCCUGAAUGUCCAGAAGAGAGGUCCAGAAAGAUGAGAGAGGCACGGCUGAAGGUGGCCCGGUGGCGUGAGGCCCCGUGGGGGCUGCAAUGUGAGCUGAGCGUGAGGGUGCUGGGGCAUGAGCUGAGCUGGCUCAACUGCAUGGCUGUGGGACACCUCAUGGAGCACGGGUUCCCAAACCUGGCCAAGCUGACGAUGAAACUCCUAAAGGGGCAGGAGGUGCAGGCAAUCCGGCGGUUGAGGCUGGCCGAGGCAGAGCUGAGCUUUCCUACCUUGUCCGGCCUCCUGGCCCGGCUCACACUCAAUACCUCAGCUGCCAUCAGUGUCCGGGUCCGAGGAAGCGCUGGGUUCCGACAGCACUCAGACUCUCUCGAUGGCUACAUCAAGCCCAGUGCCCUGCUCCAGAUCUCGGGUCAGAUGGGCACAGCAGGUGUCCUGGGACAGGCCGGGCUGAAGUGGGUGACCGGCAUCCGGAGUGCUGCCAGCCUGGAUGGUGGAAUCCUGACGAGGAAGGGCCAGGAAUUCAAGGUGCACUUGAACACGCCUGAGGAUGCUGUGGAGCUGCUCAGCUUCAGCUCGGAGCUGUACCUUGUCACCAGGAAUGGUAUGCGGCACCUCGGUCACCAUCACAGCCCUCCCGAGGCCCAGUCCUGUACCAGCAAGGAAGGUAGGUGGCGCUGGGGCUGGCAGCUGUGCACGGAGGUAACGUGGCCGGUCCCUGGCCAGCCCUACCUGCUCUGGGCGCCCGUGUUUGCUGCUGUGACGCUGACAAAGCAGGACCAGGGCCUCCAGCAGUAUCUGCCAGAAGCUGCCUACACGCUGCAGCCACAGGCUAGCGAGGGUGGAUCCCAUGUGCUGGCUGGGGCUGAGCCCGAGCCUGGGGGCUGCUUAAAGCUGCAGGGGCUACUCUGGCUCCCGCUGGCAGCCAGUGCCCGCCUUUACAUGGGCACGCCUGCAUCGGAGGUGCUGAGGGACGUGGGCGUGGAUGUCAGCUACAACCUGCCCUUCAGGCGGCUCCGGCUCUGGCUCCAGCACUCCAGGAGGAAGGCGGAGGUGGAUGGAAAGAUGGAGGCCAUUGGCAGUGCCCACAUGGGUCACCUUGAGCUCGUGCUGGACGACAGGGACGUCUACUACAUCAAGGUGCUCUUGCAGGUGCCCACCAGGCAGCUGGACUGCCGUGUACAGCUGUCCCACUGCAGCCUCUGCCAGCCGCAUGUGGACAGUAGCACCCACCUGAAGGUGCAGCUCAAUGGCCAGCUGCCCUUUGUGGCUGCCUUGCAGUGGAAGGAUACCUCUUCCUGCUUCCCUCUCCAGCCAUUCCCCGCCCCCCAACUUCACCUGCCCUCCAACAAGUUCACCUGCCGUGCCACAGUGCUUGCCCUGAUCGCCAAUCUCGUGUCUCCUUGUCUGCCCCACACAGGAGCCUGUAGCCUACGGAGUCCCUGGCUGGCAUUCUCUGUGGCUCACAGGCUGAACUGGCCACGCCGAGCCACCUUCCAAUCAGGCCUGGAGCUGGUGCUGGGCAAGGCCUGGGCCUUCAAGGUCCUAGUGGUCAGCGUGGCCUGCCGGAGCCAGGGUCAGGACAAGGAGGCCAAGAUCAAGGUCUCCACGGGGACCACCAUCCACUUAUUGGCUUGCACGGUGACAACCUUGGCUCCAAGCCUCUUCCACAGCUGGAAUGAGCUUGAGUUGGGUUGGAUGGGGGCAGUACCGAGUGAAAUCCACAUUGAAGGCAGCCAGGACCACAAGAUCUUUCGCUGCUGGGUGAAGGGCCCCCAGCAGGAGCUCAACCUCACGGCAGCCUACAGGCACACGCAGCGGCCCCUGAAGACCCAUGUGUCACUGACCGCCCCGGGGCCCGGUGCUCGGGACCUGCAGGUGGAGGGCGACCUGGAGGAGGUGCGGCAUGGUGAGACACUCUACCAGAAGCAUGGGACAUUGUUCCUCAGGCACUCCUGGCGCCUGCCCAUCCCGCCCAGCCUCCUCCUGCAGGCGACCUUCACAGCAGAGGAACAGCAGCCACGCUACUCAUUAGAGACCAGGUUUGCCCUGUACGGCCAGGAGGAGGUGCUGCAGAUCGUGGUCCUGGGUCGCCAGGCCGGACACGCCUAUGUGUGCGCAGGCCUGACCCACCCAUACCAUAAUGCGGCCAUCCCCAGGGACCUCGAGGGCUGUGUGGUGACGUGGAGUGGGGACACAGCUAAGAACAAGGAGGCUGAGGCUACUUGCAAAGUCAACCAGAAGGUUGUGCUGCAUGUCAAGGGUUUGUACCAUGAUGGUUCUGAGCAGGAGAAAAUCCGGCACCGCCUGGCCCUGGACGUGGCCCAGGCCUCCCAGCCCAGCUUCCCCCACACCCUGAGCUUGAAUGGGGAUGUGCUUUUCAGACAGAGCCCUGGAGGAGCGUUCAACUUCGACAUCAGGGUGCAAGCUGCGAUCAACCAUAGUACCAUGUCCCAGGUGUCUGUGCAGCUGAACGGGUCCGACUCCCACUGUGCAGCUCUCUUCCAGCUCAGCCAUCCCCAGGGACCCUCUGCUCCAAAUGUGCAGGUGCAGGUGGCUGCUGGGAGCGACAAGGAGCGCAGCCACCACUGUUCGCUGUCCGUGCUUGUGGCCAGUCGGGAGCUGCUUCGCCUGGAGGUUGAUGGGCACCUGGCCACCCGCAGGAGUGGCCGGGGCUGGGCCAUGAGCAUCCUCCUGCGCCAGGCCUUGCUGGCAGGCCCCACAGCUGUCCAGCUGCAGUUUUCUGGCAGGAUCACCCCCACAAGGCUCUGGCUGCUUUCCAAGGUUCUGCUGGACCAGGACACGGCACAGCUGCUGGUCAAGGCCUCAGAGGAACGGGGUGGAGGCCACGUGCUGAGGCUGCGGGGUCAAGCCCAGUACUCGAGAGCCGGCUGGGCACCACAACUACACCUGCUGGGCCUCAGGGGUUCGCUGAAGUGGAAAGAGAUGCUUCAAGAGGGUAGCAUCGAGAUCACUGCUGACUUGGCCGUGCUCAGCUUCCUGCUGCGGGACAAGCGUGGCAUGGUGGGGAACAGCGGCACCAGUGUGCGCAGUGUGACCUGUGUCCUCACCCGGAACAGCAGCCGGGCCUGGCCGGGAGCGCUGCGGCUGUGAGGGCAGUGGCAGCCCCCAGCGGGUGGCUUCGGAGGCCAGGCCAGCAUCCGUGCUGAUGGGGCCAGCCUGGCCCUGCAUGGGGCCUGUGCUUGGGGCCCUGGACAGGCCCACCUUGGGGACAGCCUGAACCACAACGUGAGCUCGUGGACGAGGGACACAGGUCACCCCUCAGAGCCCAGGCUGCUCACAUCGCUCGCCCAUGUGGCUUGUAACUGCUCUGUGCGCCUGAUGAUGCGGGGUCAGCCAGAGCCCAACCUGUACCCCGAGGAGUCCUCCCCUGUCUCUCCGGCCCCCCAACACUGGGGCUUCCCCUUCUGUGUGGACAGCCAUGGACACUUCCAGGUCAACUGCCACGGAGAGGCCUCGCCCGCCCGGCUGUCAGGGCUGUGCCUUGGGGACAUCGCUGGGCAACCUCUCAAGCUCUCCAUGGACAUGGGCAUUGGAGAUGGCGGCUCUGGGUGCCUGGCAGUGUGGCCCGCCUCUCUCAACGGCUCCGUGAGCUGUUGUUCCCAUGACAUACACCUGCGAUUCUGCAGCCAGAGCCAGCUCAACAGUGACAGCCUGCUGCAGGCUGGCUUCCCGGGUGAGGCCCACCUGGAGCUGCAGGUGCAUGAGACCCAGACCCUGGCCUCCAUGGCCCUCCGUGGUAGCAAUGAUGAGGUCAUCAUGGACGUGGUGGCCAUGAUGGUUUGGCCACAGGAGGGCACUCUGGAGCUAGUAGCAAAUGUCAGCCACGUGGUGCCCGCUCUCCAGAGACUGGGCCUGCCCCACAUGAGCCAGCUGCUGCUGCGGGGCCUCUGGAUCCCUCAGGAGGUGAGCGCCUCUCUGCGGCUGACCUGCGAUGCUCAGGCCUGCUUGGUCCUUGAGGCCUGGGGCCAGAAGCAGGUGGACAGCAAAGAGCUGCUGCUCUCAGGCUGGCACCAUCUCCCUGCCCUCCUGGGCCACUGUCCCAGCACAGCUUCCGCCAUGGCCAAGGUAACCAUGCCCUCCCCUGAAGGCAUGAGUGAGGGUGUCCUGGGUGUCAGCGUGGAGCAGUACCGCUUCAACAUCAGCAGCAGGCUGGAGGCUGCGAGGGCCAGUGUUGCCAGCACCAUCAGCCUGGUGCACACCUUCCCCCAGCUCUGGGUGCUGCCAGGGGAACUGGUGCUGCAGACUGUGUACAGGCGCACUCGAGGAGCCCGCGUGCUGCUCCAGACGCUGCUGUGGGAUGGCUGGGAGGUGGCCCUCAGUGGGAACCUCUCAGGACCCUUCCUUAAGCCCCCUGGAAACCUCAGCCUGCAGGUGGAGCUCACCCACCAGCUGCUGCUCCCCCUGCCCCGGCAGUGCAGCCUCAGCCUCUCCUUGGAGCGCUCGGGUGCCAGCCACCGGGACCGCCUGGCUGUCAGCUGGGAUGGCAGGGACCAGCUGCUGCUCUCCUCCUCUCUGUACCUUAGGCAAGGCCAGCUGGCCGGCCGCAUGGACCUGGCUCACCCCUUCAACCUUUCCUGGCAGCGAGUGCAGCUCACGGUAUUGGCUGAGGGCAGGGGCAGCAAGCAGAGCCGGCAGGUGCAGCUCACCUGGGAUGGAAGACAGCCCCUGACCCUGCAGCUCACCUGGGCCAACAGGUCCUUGGCUCACAGCACCGCCUGGGCUGGCUGCCUGGCUGCCUCCCCAGGCCAGCUGCAGCAUGCCUGGGGCCUGAGCUUCCUCCAGGCCUCUGGGGCCCUGACACAGACCCUAGCCGUGUUUAGCCAGGGGCUGCACCUGUCCUGGGACCAGUAUGUGGUGCAGCAGAACCUGACUUAUGAAGUGAGGUUCCGGGUUCCAGGGAUGGCUUUACUUACGGGGCCAGGACGAUCUACUUCCUCUUGGGGACGCUUGUUUUUUUCAUCUGUAAUAUGGGUGCAGUACGUCCUCUGGUGGCAGGCGGGGGAGGUACAGCGAAGAAGCAGGGACCCCCGGCUGCUCGGCCCCAGGGCUCAGCGCGUGGGUCCGAAAUGCCACAUAUCCACCUCUGCUUCCCGGAGCCUGGUCCUGCUGGAGGGUGCUGUGGGCCGCCAGGCUGAGAGGGUGCGGCUGUCGGUGUCCCAGGCACUGCACUGUCUACAGGUUUCCCUGGCCCACAACAGGAGUGAAAGAGACGAGAGCGUGGUGCUGCGGGCAUGUGCCCACAUGGGCAGUCAAGUGGAGGCUCUGCUUCAGAGUAGCAGGCAGCCUGUGCAGCACCUGGGCCGUCUCAGCCUACAGACUGCAAACCAGAGUCUCCUCCUGGCUGCGUGUGGCUGCCCAGGGACCCUGCUGGGCCAUGUGGAGUCCAGGAUUGCUGCCAUGGGAUCGCGAGUGUGGGCCCAGCUGGAGGAGGAGAUUCACGGCGUGGCCACCUACCUGAGAAGGGUCCAGCUCCUGGUGGGUACACACGCUGGAUGGAGUGUGAGGAAGGCAGGAGCAGGCCACCUGCUGCAGCUAUCCCGGGCAGGGCUGGAAGCUGUGCAGGUGAGCGGUCAGGGGGCAGCAGCCACAUGGGCCGGGAGCCAGGCCCUGCAGGUGCUGACCUGGGACCUGCCCCUCUACCUGGAAUGGCUACAGGGGGCGCUGGAGCAGCUGCGGCUAGAGCUGGACCGCCCCCUGGCCACGCUGCAGGAGGCCUACCUGGAGGUGAUGCUGCGGCCCCUGGCGGAGGUGUGGCAGGAGCGGGCCCAGGACAGCAUGCAGCAGCUGCUGGGCAGCUGGCUUCCCAGGUCCAUCGAGGGCACCCUGGAGCUGGCCCUCCAGCAGACCCUGACCUGGGUCGAGACCACACUCACACGGGCGCUGAACCCUCUAUGUUGGCCCCUGCUGCGUGUCUACAGCUUCUCAGCUCAGAACUUCUCAGUGCUAGUAACGGUGCCGCUGCUGCCCGCAGGGGAUGGGCCCUGGGACGUGGCCCGGGUGACCAGCUACCUGGUGGAGGAGCAGCUGCUACGCAAUGUGCCCGCCCUGUUCUAUGGGCUCCACCAGCGCCUGCUGGGGAGUCCCCUGCAAUACCAUGCUGUGGUGGCUGGGGCCUGGCAUUGGGUGACCUUUGACAGCCAGGUGUGGGAUCUCGGUGCCCGCUGUGGCAGCCUCUUGCUGGCCCAGGACUUGGUGCACGACACAUUCGUGCUAACGCUGAGCUGGGACAACUCGGGGCUUGCAGCCCUGUCCAUGGAGCUACCGAACAUGACCCUCAUUGUGUACCCUGCACUGAAGGCCUACACCCUGCACCAGCCUCCACUGCCAUGGCAGAGCUGUCCUGCCCCAGGACUGCCUCCAGCUACCAUAAGGAGGGACAAGGCCCGGGUUGAGCUCACCAGCGAGGACGGAUUCUCCAUCUCCUGUGACCUACAAGCUGGCCUCUGCAGCCUGACUCUGGGCCUCUGGCAGCACGGUGCAUCAGCUGGCCUUCUGGGCACCAACACCAAAGAGGCAGGAGACGAGCUGCUGCCGCCAGAUGGCACGAAGGCCAGCAGCCUGGAGAAGCUCACCCGGGCCUGGCAGGUUGGGAAAGACUGUGAGACCACAGAGGACACUCAGCAAAUAUGCUCAAGCCAGGGCCCCACCUGCAGGGCCUUCUUCCAGGACCCCCAGUCUAGCUUGGGCAACUGCUUUCAGGUGGUGGACCCCACAUCCUUUCUCAGCAUGUGCAUCUAGGAUGCCUGUGGCCCCCAGGAACGCCAAGUUGCCUGCAGUCUGGCAGCCGCCUACAUCCACCUGUGUGCCCGCAGUUCCGUGCCCCUGGACCCGCUGCCCCAGUGCGAGUGAGAUUUCGACGGGCCAGUGCAUUCCAGCUCCUUCACCUCCUGCUCUGAUCCUGGCUCCUGGCAUGGUCAAAGCUGUCAGCUGGGAUGGGACCACCAGUACCACGUGCCAGGACACUCAGAGAAAUGGCACAGGCUCUGGGUACAAGAGGGAAGAGCCAUGUGUCAUUUUCAAAAUACUCCAGGCUUGGGGAGGAGGGGUUGGUGGUGGCAAAACACCUGGUCUGGGCCUUCCUCCACCUGCCCCAGGAGAUGGCUCAACUUCUCUUGGGGCUUCAGUAACUGCUGUCACCCCACCAGCCCUGCAGAGCGGCAGAGGAAUCUGCAAGAUGGGGCUCCCCUGGCUGGCUCCAGGGGUCUUGUGAGGCCUGAUGCUCCUUCAGGGAGGUCACAGCCCCAAGCCCUUUAAUCAAGAGCUUAGCUGAGGGCAUCUGUGUUCAGAGUGGACACCAGGGACUCAGACCAGGCUAUAGCGUUCAGAGAGUUCCAGUAUCUUUUGGGAGACAGGUUCCCCCUCAAGUUCUCAACCAAAAAAUAAAGCUGUUGAGAUCCAGGAACCUGUCCCCUAGGUUGCUGCAACUGCCCCGUGGGGGCCCUAAUGGCUUGGAACAGCCCCUUGCUAGCAGGCCUCCUCAAGCCCUUUCUACACUGAACCUUUCACGGGAGCUGGUAAGAGUACAAAUUUCUGCAAGGGGCCCCGGGCUGUGGUACAGCAGGUGAAGCCACACACAUGAACUCCAGAAUCCCAGCUGCUCCACUGCCCACCUAGCUCCCUAAUGUGCCUGGGAAGCAGCAGAAGAUGGGCCAAGUGCUUGGGCCCUGCCACCCAUGUGGGAGGCCUCAAAGAAGUUCCUGCCUCUGGCCUGGCCGAGCCCCAGCCCUUGUGGUCAGCUGGGGAAUGAACCAGCACAAGGAAAAGCUCUUUCU